AUGUUGAUGGCGGGCGCUCUGCCGGCCGAGCCCGAGGGGCUGCUGGCAUUGGGCGGACUGCCAGGCCAAAAAGACACCACCUGGACCAAACUCUUCGUUGGAGGACUCCCAUAUCAUACAACAGACAAGAGCUUAAGGGAACACUUUGCAGUCUAUGGGGAUAUCGAAGAGGCUGUAGUCAUCACAGAUAGACAGACGAGCAAGAGCAGAGGCUAUGGCUUUGUGAUAAUGGGUGAUCGAGCUGCGGCGGAGCGCGCGUGCAAGGACCCUAAUCCUAUCAUAGAUGGAAGAAAAGCUAACGUGAAUCUCGCCAUUUUAGGAGCCAAGCCUAGAGGGAACCUGGCGCCAGGUUUCGGUUUAGCUGCGGCGGCGGCUGCGGGAGUCCGUGCUGGCUAUCAAACAGUACUCCCUUCCCAUUAUGGGUUGUCACCUGGAUAUGUAUACGGAACGCCAAGUUACAUGGGCGCCAUGAGUGGGGUGGGGGCUGGCGUUGGCACGGGUGCGGGUGGACUAGUGCAACUACCGCAACUGCAGCACGCUGCUGCAGUAGCUGCCGCUAAUCAUCUGUAUGAGUACCAGGCAGCGGCAGCACAGGGAGCAGCUGCCUAUCAGCAGCAAUACGCAGCUGCAGGAUUUGAUCCUUACGCUACGGCCGCUGCAGCGGCAGCAGCCGCCAGCGGUGCAGGCUAUAUGUCUCAAUAUUAUGCUUUACCUGGCGGAGGAGUUCAGGGACCAUUGCUGCCUCCACUUUCAUACCCUCCGCAACUUCAAGAGGCUCGGAUGCAAUAG